GUACCAAACAAUUUCACAUCAGCUUUGGAAGUCUUCCAAUAGAGAGAUGGGAGUGAUUCUUUACUUGGACACGAUACUAGUCCCCUUGAGCCUCUUCCUCACCAUAGCCUACCACGCCUUCCUAUGGCACAGCUUCAAGAACAAGCCCUUCCAAACCACCAUCGGCAUGAACACCAUGAAGAGAAGGGUUUGGCUUCGAGAGCUGGAACAGGGCGAUGACAAGAAGGGAAUGCUGGCGGUGCAGAGCUUGAGAAACACUCUGAUGUUCACCAUUCUCACUGCUUCACUAUCCAUCAUCAUGGCCUUGUCAAUGGCGGCUCUAGCCAACAACGCCUUCAAUGCGAGCAGCCUCUUCCGCAGCGGGUUCUUCGGCUCGCAGUCUGGCAGGAUCAUGGUCCUCAAGUACGGUUCGGCGACGCUCUUCCUGCUGAUAAGCUUCCUCUGCAGUUCCAUGGCAGUGUCGUCGCUGGUCGAUGCCAACUUCCUGAUCAACGCCGCCGGAGACGACAAGUUCUCUCAAGGCCACGGGCACGUUCAGCAGGUUUUGGAGCGCGGCUUCUUGUUGGCUGUGGUCGGGAACCGCGUGCUUUGCGUCACCUUCCCGCUGUUGCUGUGGCUGCUGGGUCCGGUGCCGGUCGCUUUGGCGUCAGUGGCUCUGAUUUGGGGGCUCUACGAGCUCGAUUUCGCCGGGAAAUUCUUGAAGAACUGUAAGCAAAAGUCCCAGUUGAUCAUAGCGGAACUGUUCCUCAACUGUAAUUAUAAAAAUGUAGUUAAUUACAACCAGACCCCUUCUUGCCUAUAAUAGCAAUAGGACGGUGAUAGAGAGCACGAUGGAGCGGCACGGAAUCAGUGCCUCGGUUGAUGGAGUCGGUUGACUCAACCGGUCUCUCUGUAGUUAUUCAUAAUACCAAGGAUCCAAUGGCAUAAACAAACAUCAUAAAGAGUCUUUAUCCUAUUAUAUUGAGUCAA